AUGCAGGCUGAGCCCUUCCCUGAGCCCAGCGCCCGGGCGGCAGGAAGCCGGCCCAGGAGGCUGCGGGUCCCUGCAGCCCAGGAGCACCCUGACUCCCCUGACCUCAGCGUGGUGGAUCUGGGGCUCCUGCUGCUCAGCCUCCUCAGGAGGGGUCCUGGCCUGAUGCCCGGGGCCAUGGGGCUUCUCGGGGCCUCCCUGCUGGUGAGACAGGGCCGGGGGCUGCACGGGGCUCUGGUCCCGGCAGGAAGCCCGUCUGAGAGCCGGGGGGGAGGAGACGGUCCCCGACACGGCGGAACGAGCCUCGCGGGGCUGCUCGUGGCGGCGGGGGCAGAACCCGGGACGGUGCGUGUCCUUUCUGCUCCCCGGGCCGUGGCUUCCCCUCCCCGGCGCGUCUGCGGCCUGGACCCCUGUGCCGCGCCCGGCUCUCUGCUCACCGUGAGGCAGUCAGCCUCCCUGAGCUAUCCCUGCAACGGGGAGUCCUGGGUUAUCUCCUAUCCACUGACAUCUGCUGGGUGGUAUCCAGGCAGUGAUUUGAGCUGCAAGUUUCUCCUUUAUGUUUCUGGAGUGGGCAGAGGCGUGUCCAUCAGCACCACCUGCCUCCUGAGUGUGUUCCAGGCCAUAACCAUCAGCGCCUGGGGUGCUAGGUGGGCAGGGCUGAGAGAGAAAGCUCCCAGGUGCAUCCUGCCCUGCAUUGCCCUGUGCUGGGUCCUGAGCCUGCUGGUUAAUUCCAUCUUUGCCGUGUUCAUUGGGGGUAAUUUGAGUGACAAAAAUGACACAGGCAGGAAAAGGUUUGGGCAGUGUUCCUCUGUUCGUCACGACCCAGCCAGUGACAUCUUAUACGGGGCUUUGCUCUCCUUCCCCGAUGUUGUGUUUUUUGUGACCAUGUUCGGGGCCAGCAGCUCCAUGGUCUACACCCUGUCCCGGCACAGGCAGCGGGUCUGGCACCUUCACGGGUUCGCCUCCUCCACGUCCUCCCCCGAGUCUAGGGCCACUCACACCAUCCUGCUCCUGGUGAGCACCUUCGUCUGCUUUAACAUCAUUUCCUCUGUGCUGAAGAUGGUUGUGGCUGUUAUGUAUAAUCCCAACUGGUAUGUUUAUAACAUCAAUACAGUAAUCACCCUGUCUUUCCCGACUCUCUGUCCUUUUCUGCUCUUGAGCCGGGAACCCAAGGUGUCCCUGCUGUGCUCUGCCCUGAUCAGGAGUAGUAAAUGCCACAAUCCCUUGAGAAACAUGUAA